AUGGCCAACCAAAACGGAGCUAAAGCAGCACAAAAGAGAGAGAGAAACAUGAAGAAGAUGGCUUCUCUAAAUAAGAAGCCUAGCUCUCAACUCAAGACCAAUGAGAAGGCUUUGACUUAUCAAUGCAAUGUCUGUAAACAAACGUUUUUGUGUACUACUAAACGUGAAGUGCUCCAAGAACAUGCUGAAAACAAACACAAGAAAACACUCGCUGAGGCUUUCCCUGAUCUUGAUGCACCAGAAGAAGAAUAA